AUGCUAGAAGACAGCUUUGAGAAUCUUCUCUUUAGUGUUUGUCGCUUCAGGGAGCUCACAGGGUCUUACCCACACAACAUAACAGCAAAGCCUCUCUUGCUUACAAAUUUGAACAUAACAGGAGUGAGCUAUGAUUCUAAGGAGGAGAGAUUUGGGCAUUCGCAAUGUUCAGCAAUGGGGUUUCCAGAAUCAAGAUUCUUUUACUUAGGGCCUCCAGCUUCUGUGUCAUCCAAAGAAGGCGCUCUGAAAGGUGAGGCUAUGGUUAGAGCUCAGUUUCAAGAAGAUCCAUAUGGCGUAAGAAGUUGCAGCGUGACCCUUUCCACAGCACUAUACCUUACCCUAAUGGCUGCCUUGAGAUAA